AUGGCGGCGGCGGCGGCGGCCGAGUACCCGAAGCAACUCAAUCGGAGCGACCAUCGUGGUUUUCAGGAGGAAAUCAUCAUCGCCGGCGGCAGCAGGUUCGACGACCUUCCCGACCACAUCCUGCACCACAUCCUCGGCUUCCUCGACAUCAAGUUCGCCGUUGGAACCAGCUCGCUGUCGAGGAGAUGGAGGAGCACGUGGAAAGAACUGAGUCGUGUUUUUUUCGCGAAGCAUGGCGAGAGGAUAGGAAGACAGAAUCGCGCGUUUGAGAGCUUCCUGCUUGGUUUGCGUAAUGCAAAAUCUCUCGAUCUGAAUUUUGUCAAGUCCAGCGAAGGAAGGUCCAAGUUCUCGAGUUCCACCGUCGAAUAG